AUGGGUUACUUCGUGCCUAUAUUAAAAAAUAAUAAGCAUUUGGUAUAUCCACUUCAGUUCAACGGCUACAAGUACAAUUUCAUUUGGCCACUGACUGAAAACUCGCCUUGGUGGCAGAGAUGCCUCAAAGGCAUUCUCAUCUUAAUUUCACUCUGCUUUUACGUAUUAACGAUUGCAGGAGAAUAUACUUUCGUUCUGGAAAACGGCAACAAUAUACCAGAUUUGGCGGAUUGCCUCAGCACAACGUUCAUGGGUACACAAUACAUUUUCCGCAUCUCAGUGUGGGUUAAGAGGCAAAAUGAGAUGCGUGCCUUGUAUCGCCGUUUUUAUAAGCAAAUUUACUUCAUCGACACAGAAGAUGCAGAUUUUAAUAAGGAAAUUAAAAAUUACACACGUUUCGUUGAUUUCUUUACCAAACUCUACUACGUGCCAAUGAUGCUGCUCUAUAUGAUGUUCGGCUAUGAGUUUUACACCCAGGGUAUGGCUUCACGAGAUAAACCCCACAUAUAUCGCAUGUCCAUACAUUGGUACGAUGCACAAGCGCCGAUGCCUUACAUCUUCACUGCCGUAUAUUCGGGCUGGCUGUGCUGGUCAUGCGUCGGAGUAUGGGCCGCAGAUGAUUUUUCACUCUGCGUGAUGCUAUGCCACGCCAGCUACCGUUACAAAGCACUGCAGAAGAAUUUGGGCAAUCUGCUAAAGGAAGUACGUGAAGAAGCUGCUAAGUGUUUGCAGCCAGCAGAUCAAUUGCAUACAAUAUUUCGCAGAAAACUAUAUCAGGUGCUUAGCAGGGAGCAGAAGUUGAAAAGUUUCAUUGAUGAAGCCAAACAACAUUUCACAUACGCAAUUUUCUGCUGCCUCUUCUUCGGUGUGCUGUUGCAGUGCGUUGUACUCUUCCAGCUCCAAAGCUCCACGUUCGGUGUUGGUUGGCUCAAAUACAUCGCUUGGUUGAUAUCGCAAGUCUCUGAGCUAAUUAUGAUUGGACAUUUUGGGCAAAUGCUCAUGGAUGAGGCAUCAGCCAUGCAAAACAGUUACUAUAUGUGUCAGUGGGAGAAAUUGCUACCGUAUGGCAAUCAACUAAUGAAUAAGUCUCUUAUGCUGGAUAUUAGAAGUGCAAUACAGAACGCAGAAACGCCUGUCGUUUUUGAUGGCCUACGAAUGUUCGCACUAUCCCACAGCACUGUGGGUACCGCUUUACGUUCGGCUAUGUCAUACUUUAUGUUUCUAAAUACCAUGAAUGAUGCUGAGAAACCCAAAUAA